GUCGCCCGGAGCUGCGGCCAAGGGUCAGGAGGGCCCGGAGCCGCACCUGGAAGAUGCGCCCCGUGGCUGCCGGCACCCUGAAGGCAGUGUUCUUCAUCUUCGUCUCCCUGUGUGCCUGGUACUCCGGGUACCUGCUGGCAGAGCUCAUCCCAGACGUGCACCUGUCCAGCGCCGUCUACAGCAUCCAGAGCAUUGGCAAGAAGCCCGUCCUCAAAGCCCCAACCCCCAAAAGGCAAAAAUGUGAUCACUGGUCCCCGUGUCCAGCAGACACCUACGCCUACCGGUUGCUCAGCGGGGGUGGCAGGGACAAAUACGCCAAGAUCUGCUUUGAGGAUGAGAUGCUCAUAGGAGAAAAGACUGGGAAUGUUGCAAGAGGAAUAAACAUUGCCGUUAUCAACUAUGUGACUGGGAAAGUGAUAGCAACACAGUAUUUCGAUAUGUACGAAGGUGAUAACUCUGGACCGAUGGCAAACUUUAUUCAGAGCGCUCCCUCGAAGUCCCUGCUCUUCAUGGUAACCCACGAUGAUGGCAGCAGCAGGCUGAAGGAGGAUGCCAAGAAAGCCAUAGAAGCCCUGGGAAGUAAAGAGAUCAGGAACAUGCGGUUCAGGUCAAGCUGGGUGUUUGUGGCAGCAAAAGGCUUUGAACUUCCUGCAGGAAUUCAGAGAGAAAAGAUCAACCACUCAGAUGAUGCGAAGAACAGGUAUUCUGGCUGGCCAGCCGAGAUCCAGGUAGAAGGCUGCAUACCAAAAGGGCCCAGCUAACAUUGCCGAGCCUCAAUAAAUGGGCUUUUUAUAGACAAAUGCAUCCUGAAUGGACUGCGGCCCUUCUCCAAUGGUCAAUAUUUGAUGAAUAUUUCAGGUUUGUCAACCAACCAAUCAAAAUAUUUGCCAGUUGUAUGAAAUCUUGUCCCACAGACUUUUUAUGCCAGUGUUUAUAGAGUGAAGAUGUUGAGCUGAAAUGCAUGGGCGUGCUCAAGAGGAUUCAGUGACGUCACCUGGGAAGGAGUGGAUUAGGGGAAGCAGCCCCUGCCUGUUAAGGUGUGGAGCUAUUUUAUCAUCAGAUCCAAGUUUGACCCAUGUGGUCCAGAUAGCUCUUCAGAGAGAAAACCUUUAUUCUCCGACCACGGAGCACACACCCCCCUUACGGACGGUCAUCUCAUAGGGACAAUGAGCAGCAGCCAUAGGGCUUAGCCACUUUCUUGGGUCCACCUUCUUGAGCUCUCCCUGUGGGUCCCUGAACUUAUUCAUUCAUCCCACAAAUCUGGGUGCGCCUAACUUGGGCACAAGCAAUACGACGGUGAAGAGAUUCAGGGUCUGCAUCCACGCAGGGGUGUUCUCCAGUGGUACCUUGUUUAACAGGAUGGGGAGGAGGGAUCUCUGAUGGGCCGGGCGGGCAGGGGCUGCUCUCAGGAGGACCACUGUACCACCCAGACUUCCUAGGAGACACAGUGUAGAUCCACAUACCAAGAUGCCCAGCGCCUUGGGGUUAAGAAAAUCAAAUCAUUGCCAAGUGCUCUUUCUGACCUCCCUCCCAAACCUGGCUCCCAGAAAUGAUAGGAGACUUUGAUGCCAGCUUGAUGGUGCUUAUCUAGCCUCCAGUUUCUCAUCUAUCCAUAGAGGGGUUGGAACAGAUGAAUGAUUUUCAAGUACUUUUAUCAGCAGGCCUCCUUUUAAAAACAUGGCAACACAUGGCACCCUGAAUUUCAGCAUCCUUGCACGAUCCGACUCCCUAGGUUUCAGUGGCUGACAGCAGCGCUGAGUCCUCCGUGGUUGUAGGUGGGCUGCAGGACAGUGGAGGCUCAACUCUGAGCGUGGGGGCCAGGCUGAAGGAGGGUCCCUAUGGGGCAUGGAAGCCAGAGAGAGCGAAAGUGCAAUGUUUGCCAGAGCUCCUGCCAGGACCUGUGUGAGCCCUCAUCAUUGCACCCUGCUGCCAACCAGGGGGAACGUCAGCCUCUUGGCAGAGGGGUGUGACCAUGGACCCCUCAGGGAGCCUGAGUCUCUCUCUGCAGAGGAAUCUGCAAACCACUCGGUGGGAUCUUGGCUGGGGCCCUAUUACAGGCUAGACUGUAUUCCUCCCUAACUCGUGAAUUGACUCAUAACUGACCGGCAGUACCACAGAAUGUGACCUUGUGUGGAAAUAGGGUCACUGUUGGUGUAAUAAGUUCGAGUCAGGUGGCCCCUAUCCAGUGUGACUGGUGUCCUAACAAAAAGGAGAAAUUUGGACAAACAGGCCAUCAGAGAGAACCCCCUUCUGGGCUCUGGACCACCUCAGAGGGGGCCUGGAAGGGACCUUGGGGGUCACUGAAAAGGCAGCAGAAUGGAGGCCCUGGGAGGGUGGGGGCUGGAGGAGGGAGGGGCGAUCAGGACGAGCACGGAGGACUUGGAGGGCAGCGGGCUCCUCUCGGGACUCACGGUGAGCGCCUGUCACUGCACACUCGUCCAGACCCACCGGUGUCCAACCCCAGGAGUGACCCUAGUGUAAACCGUGGGCUCUGCGUGAUGACACUGUGUCAGCGUGGAGGUCACCCCUCUGGGGGGGGGGGC